UGGUUCUUCGCCAGACCGCAAAACCCAGUAGCCGAUCGUAAGCCUCCGCGCAGCGCAUGCACGAGAUGGCGCCGUCCAAGCCCGCCGCCGCCUUGCUCCUCGCCUUGGCCGUCCUGCUCGCGGCCGCGCAGCCGUCGUCCGCCAUCAGAGUCAAGCCCGCGUGCUCCCCGGUUGUUAUUCCAUCGCCACCUCCCCCCGCAGCUUCCCCACCGCCGCCGCCGACCCCGGUGAUCAGCAACCCGCCCCCAUCCGUCCCUGCUUCCCCGCCGCCACCGACCCCAGUGAUCAGCAACCCACCGCCAUCCGUCCCUGCUUCCCCACCGCCACCGACCCCAGUGAUCAGCAACCCACCGCCAUCCGUCCCUGCUUCCCCGCCGCCAGCGAGCCCAGUGAUCAGCAACCCAACUCCAUCCGUCCCUGCUUCCCCACCGCCGGCCACGGUCUCACCAGCUACCCCGCCGUCGCAGCCCACGGAGUGCCUGACGCCGUUGAUGGGGCUGACGCCAUGCAUGGGCUACCUCACCAACACCGGCGUGGCGACGCCCCCGGCGGCGUGCUGCGGCGCCUUCAAGUCCCUGGUGGACAACGCCCCCAUCUGCCUCUGCCACGGCCUGAACGGUGACAUCAACAAGAUCAUGCCCGCGCCCAUGGACUUCAUGCGCAUGAUGUCGCUCCCCGGAAACUGCGCCGUCCCGCUGCCAAUGCAGACGAUUGCCCAGUGCGCCACGGCAUCUGUGCCACCACUGGACCCUCCUACCGCCCCAGCAGCCCCAUCCCCAAGAAAGAAGGCGGGGGCGCAUGGGGAGGUAGGCGUCGGUCGCUGCUGGAGUGAAUUUUGGCUGCCGGAAAUGGUGCUGGUGGUGAAGCAGCACCGCUGCACGCACUCGGCGUCCUGCUCCUGCACCAAGGGCCACCUCAGCGAGGACGCUCUGUUCCUCGUCUUCCGCCACAUGAACUGGAACCCCAGGCUGAUCGCCAACCUCUCCUGCGUCUGCAAGUGGUUCGACGAGGUCGCCAAGCAAGUGCUGUGGAAGGAGUUCUGCCAUGCCAGGGCGCCCAAGAUGAUGCUGGAUCUGCAUUCCGACGGCAGCCACAUUGUCGACGGCAACUGGAAGGCGCUCGGGAAGCUGCUGAUCUACUGCAACGGCUGCACAAAGGGGGGCUUGUUCGGAAACAUCCAUGUCCCCGGACACUUUGUGUUCAGGACGCGCUUCUCAAGGACCGCAGGCAAGAGCUUCCUGCCUCUGCAGUGUAGGAUGGAUGUCUUGUAUGUGUCCGAUCCGUGCGAACAUCUUGACCAGGGGGAAGAAGGUGACCUGGGUUUUUUCCGUGGCAUCUUCAAGUCGUUUGCCACUUCAAGGGUCAAGAAGAUCCUGAUUGAGAAGCAGGCUAGGUUCCAUCCAACGGAGGUUUGCCCCUAUUGCAAGGCUAAGCUAUGGAACAUGCUGCAUGCUGAUAUGAUGCCGGCGAGUGCUUCCGCCAGGCUGGGUGCUUACGAUGAUUCCGUGGAGUACUUUGUAUGCCUGAAUGGACAUGUUAUUGGAUUGGGUACCCUGUUACCUCUCUCGGAUUCUGAGGAGGCACCGGAGGAGUAAUCAUCAGGAACAGUGAUCAGGUUUGCAAGAUGGAGUCCUGGGGAGAAGGCAUGGGCGCGGCAAAGCUGCAAGGCGACAAAAACGUGCAGCUAGCUUUGCAUCUAACCGCAGUGUUGUCCGUACUGGUGCAUCAGAUGAAAAUGCUGUUUCUCUGUGGUUCUUCUCUGUUUGUUGAUCGAUUCUCUGUUGUUCUCGUCAUUGUAAUGACCAUGCCGACCUUUCACUUUGUCCUUCAUGUGCAGAGCAUAUGUAGCAAGGUGUGAUGAGACCGAGUUGUAAAAUUGGUGCCCAUAUUGGACCUCAUAUAUUCAUGUGCUGUUCCUAACCGUAUUGUUUUGUUUCUA